AUGGCUUUUGAAGCUCUCCUCGAAACCAUCAAACCUCCCGCUCACCCUUUUCUUAACUACAAUUACCCCUCACUUUCCAUUCACUCGGAAACCACUAGACCUACAUCAAAUCCAUCCAUCAAAGUCAAAGACAACCUUCUCCAACCAUUGCUUCAUUGCCUCGACACAUCCUCUCUCCCUUCCUACUUCUGGCGCUCACUAGCCUCGUCCCUCUCAACACGGGUUCAAGAGAUUAUCAACCGCGGGGGCGUCUCCGCAAGAACCCUGAGAUCGAACCGGGAGCGGCUCCGUGAGCAAUUGAGGGAGUGCGUUCUGCGGGGCUCGCAUCUACCAAAUAAUAGCGUCACUAGACUUGGAGGGUCUACGGGUCCUAUUGUGGUGGGUAACUGGGAACGAGAAGCAGCUGUGAUGAACCCUACCUUGGAGAAGGCGAAUAAGGAUAUUUUCACCAUGAUAGGAGAAUGUGGCCUGGCCCAUAACUGA